GCCGAAGCUGCUAGAUGAAGACCUUCCUCUUUUUAUUUGCAAAAGUGCUCAUCCACCCUGAAUAAUUAUUUGAAAAUGAAUUUGUUCUUUGUCCUUCUUCUCUUGUUAGAUAUCCCUGGAUUGAGUGCCCUGCAGACUGUUGAGGAGUUUGGCAACAUUUUUCUGAGACUUGACUUCCCAUCGGUUUAUAACCAACACAUCAAGUCCUGCUGUAAGGUUUAUACCAGCGGGUGUCAGACUCUUCUGGACAGUACAGGAUACACCAACGAUUUCUUAAGAGGAAGAGUGACUACGAUUGAGACAAACAGUUGGAUUGUCUUCACAAUAUCAAGGGUUCAGAUUCCUGAUGGAGGCUACUAUAGGUGUGCUGUGCUGGGUGCUCCCAGCUACAUGUACACAGAUUAUUUUUUUCGCGUGUCUGAUGCUUCAGCUGACCACAGCCAAUCCUACGUCUCGCUGUCAAAAACUGUUCAGUACCCCAAUGCGCCAACAAGUCCAGAGUUGACUAGUUCACAAGUAGCACGAGAGGACAGCGAUUCUCCCAGAGCUGUCUGGACUUUUGGUCCACUAGUAGCUCUUGUUGUAUCCGUGAGCAUCAUCCUUGUUGUUGCCUCGGUGAUUGGAGCCAUUUGCUUCAGAGUCAAGAUUAAAUCCAAAGAUUUAGACAAGUAUGGAAAAUGUCUGCAUGAGUCACCCAAACAAGAGGCCACAGAGACGACUGGUGUGAUCUACAGUACCGUGGAUUUUUGUCAUCAGGACGACCCUGCUAAGCUGUACGCCAAUGUGAAUAUACCAAAGACAAGAGGCUCUCACUCCCACGGGAGGACAAAGCAUGAUGGUGGUGUGGAGUACUCCAUACUAGCACUCCACCAGUGAAAGAGCAGGGGUGCAGUUUGUAAUAAAUUUGGUGGAAAUGUGGUCACUACACGUUUUUUGCUGCAAUACCCGUGUUAAAAAACCCUGAGUAGAUCUACUGAUUCUGGUGGGAAAAGGCUAUUUGCAAAUUCAAGAGGCAAGUGUUAGAUAAUGGAUCGAUGGCAUAGUCAAUUCAUUUGGAGCUCUUAAUACAUGAUGAUAUGAUAGUACAGGCCAUAAGUUUGGACACACCUUCUCAUUCAAUGCGUUGUCUUUAUUUUCAUGACUAUUUGGGGACACAUUUAAAGCUUUUGCAACUUUCCAGACUGACUGACCUUCAUUUCUAAAAGUAAUGAUGGCCACUCAUUUUUCUUUAGUUAGCUGAUCGGUUCUUGCCAUAAUAUGAAUUUUAACAGUUGUCCAAUAGGGCUGUCGGCUGUGUAGUAACCUUGACUUCUGCACAACACAACUGAUGGUCCCUAUCCCAUUGAUAAAGCAAGAAAUUCCACUAAUUAACCCUGAUAAGGCACACCGGUGAAGUGAAAACCAUUUCAGGUGACUACCUCUUGAAGCUCGUCGAGAGAAUGCCAAGAGUGUGCAAAGCAGUAAUCAGAGCAAAGGGUGGCUAUUUGGAAGAAACUACAAUAUAAAACAUGUUUUCACUUAUCUCUUAUUUUAAGUACAUAACUGCACAUGUGUUCAUUCAUAGUUUUAAUGCCUUCAGUGAGAAUGUACAAAGUAAAUAGUCAUGAAAACAAAGACAACGCAUUGAAUGAGGUGUGUCCAAACGUUUGGCCUGUACUGUACAUCAUCAUUUAUCUUUCUAUUCAUCAAAUACAGUAAAAUGGGCAUAUUUCAGAAUGAGUUGUUAAUGGUGAUUAAUCAUGAUUAAUGCCUUAAAAAUCUGCAAUUAAUCUGAUUGAAAAUUUGAAUCAUUUGACAGCCCUAAUCUUAUCAUGUUGUAUAUUAUGUUCAAUGUUACAGAGAUCAUUGAGAAUGGUGAAAAAGUUUGUGUCUUGUUAAAAUUGCCAGAUAUGAAUGAUUUUCCAAAUGGAAAUGUGUGUCAUUUCCAGCCUAAAGACACCAUUAAUAUAUACAUAUACAUUGUAUAUAUCACAAACACACACU